AUGGAAAUUAAAUAUUGUGACUUUGGUUUGUCACGUGGUAUUGAAUCAGAUACAAAUCCUAAAAUGUCAACAACUUAUGUUGCCACUCGUUGGUACAGAAGUCCAGAAUUGUUGCUCAUGUGGGAUCAAGCAGGAAAACCAUUGGAUAUUUGGAGUCUUGGAUGUAUCUUUGCUGAAAUGUUGGAUAAACCACCAAAGAGGAAAGUUCUCUUCCCUGGUAAGAAUUAUCUUAACCAAUUGGAUUUGAUUCUUGACGUUACAGGUACACCAACUGAUGAAGAAACAAGAGGAUGUGCCAAGGCAAAGAAAUACAUGAAAACACUUCCAAAGAAACAAAAACAAAACUUUAAAGAUAUUUUCCCACAUGCUAAUCCAUUAGCAAUUGAUUUAUUGGAAAAGAUGUUGACUUUUGAUCCUCUUAAGAGAAUAACAGUUGAAGAAGCUCUUGCUCAUCCAUAUUUGGAAUCAAUGUUUGAAGAAGAUGAAGACGAAGAAGGUGUUGAACUCUUCUCAUUCAAUUGUGAUAAUGAAAUGCCAAUCGAAGAAAUCAAAAAGUUGCUCCACGAAGAAAUUGUUGAUUAUAACAAAGUACAAGGUGUUACCACUAAGCCAGUCAUAACAGAUAUUGUUUAUGAAAUUAAAGAAUAA